AUGCAUGAAAACAACAAAAAUUUCCUGGAUCAGGAAAACAUCGAUUUGUUGCCGAUGCCAUCGACAUCACAGGGAAACGGCAACGGUUCCGCCAUAUUGAUAUCAACUGAAAAUAUUGAUGAUGAUGAUGACGACAAAGAAGAAGACAGCUUUACUGAUCAACAGCUGUUUUCAUUUUCUUGGCAAAUAGCAAAGGGAAUGAAUCAUCUCGCAGAGAAAGACUUAAUUCAUCGUGACCUCGCAGCUCGUAACAUUCUGGUUGGCAGUGAUAACCGAGUCAAAGUGUCAGACUUUGGGUUGAUGAGACAAAUCUACGAGGACGUUUAUAGCAUAAAGAAGGCAAAAAAGCUUCCAAUCAAAUGGAUGGCUCCAGAAUCGAUAGGCGAUGGCAGUUUCACCAUCAAGAGUGACAUGUAA